GAGACAAAACAGCAGCCCCCUCCCCUGAAUUCAAGCUGCUGCAAAUCAAAAGCAUGCCAGUUUGGCACGGCUCUCCUCCACUCCCCACCACCACUUCUUCCAUGGCUUUCUUCCUCCUGCUGCUGCUGGCUACUGCUUCAGCCACAGCAGUCGCCACUUCCCAAUCCCCCACAAUCACUGACUGCACUCCAGGGCUGCUCCAACUCACCCCAUGCUCCCCAUUCGUGCAAGGCCUCUCUGCUUCACCACUCCAAUCAUGCUGCAGCAACCUCCUUCAGCUCUACCACCGCCAGCCUUCAUGCCUCUGCCUCGUCCUCAACGCUCCUGACUUCGGCGGCUUCCCCAUCAACACAACCCUCGCCUCUCGCCUUCCUUUCCUCUGCGACCUCCAUGUCGAUCCUUCUGCUGCUUGUUCUUCUCAAGUUCCUCCACCGGGUGCAAAGCUCCCUGCCUCUCCUCGAGUUGCGCACACCAAUUCGUCUACAGAUUCAAUUGGACAUCACCCUAAUUCCACUGUUCCAGCCUUCCCUGUGAUUCAAGCUGCGCCAAGACCAGUCGUGAUGGGGAUGGGGAUUGGGGGGAGCUCACGUAUUGGCGUUGGAAGACAAGUCCCCAUGAUGCUUCUUAUGCUGUGCCUGUGGCAGCUGUUUCUUCUUGCUGUGAUCAGUUAA